CCCGUCAUGGCUGACCAAGCCCUGAGCUUCCUGAAGGACUUUUUGGCUGGUGGGAUCGCCGCUGCCAUUUCCAAAACGGCGGUGGCCCCUAUCGAAAGGGUGAAAUUGCUGCUGCAGGUUCAGCAUGCCAGCCAACAGAUCACAGUUGACAAACAGUACAAGGGAAUCGUUGACUGUGUGGUAAGGAUUCCCAAGGAGCAGGGCAUCAUUUCCUUCUGGAGAGGCAACCUGGCCAACGUCAUCCGGUACUUCCCCACCCAGGCCCUCAACUUUGCCUUCAAGGACAAGUACAAGCAGAUCUUCCUUGGGGGCGUGGACAGGCACAAGCAGUUCUGGCGCUACUUCGCAGGCAACCUGGCCUCCGGGGGUGCCGCAGGAGCCACCUCUCUCUGCUUCGUAUACCCUCUGGAUUUUGCCAGGACCAGGCUAGCCGCCGAUGUGGGGAAAGGGCUGAACGAGAGGCAGUUCAGCGGGCUGGGCAACUGCAUUGCCAAGAUCUACAAAUCUGAUGGCCUCAAGGGUCUCUACUUGGGAUUCAACGUGUCAGUCCAGGGCAUCAUUAUCUACAGAGCAGCUUAUUUUGGCGUCUAUGACACAGCUAAGGGUAUGCUGCCUGAUCCAAAGAACGUGCACAUCAUGGUGAGCUGGAUGAUCGCCCAGAGUGUCACUGCCGUAGCAGGGUUGGUGUCUUAUCCCUUUGACACUGUCCGGCGUAGAAUGAUGAUGCAGUCUGGUAGGAGAGGAGCUGACAUUAUGUACAAGGGCACAAUUGAUUGUUGGAAGAAGAUCGCGAAAGAUGAAGGAGGAAAGGCUUUCUUCAAAGGGGCCUGGUCCAAUGUGUUGAGGGGCAUGGGGGGUGCUUUUGUAUUAGUCUUGUAUGAUGAGAUCAAGAAAUUUGCCUAAGAGAAUCAAAGGGCUCAGUUCAUUCGUCCUGUUUUGUAACUUAUGUUCAUGUGGUUUAAUUGGGAACUAAAUAUUUCCUAGGGAAAUGGAGAUGGCUAUCGUAGGUCAAAUCCAGUUCAGAAGUCAGGUUGAUGCAUUGUAAGAUAGGCAAUGGUUGCCCAUUAGAUCAAUUAAAAAUUUUGUAUGGAAAAUUUAAGAGGCCUGUGUAUAUAAAUAUAUUUGACAAAUAUCAAUAAUAUAUUCCUAUGUUUUAAAGUGCAUUUCUUGAAGACUGCUUGUUGCACCGUACCUAAACUGAAAAUGUGAAUUCAAUAAAUAUUAUUUAAGUCAAAAA